CAAGUUCACACCAAACAAUCCAAAUAGCCAUAUAACAUAAAUAAUUUGCUAGUAACUCUUCCCCUACACACAUUAUUAAAUUGAUCGACCUUACAAUUAUUAGUAGCUAGAGUAGUAAAGUUCGAACAACAUUAUGGAUGGACAGAUAUGUUGCAUGGUGUUAAGGAUUAACCUUGAUUGCAACUCAUGUUGCAGAAAAAUGAGAAGAAACAUUUUAAACAUGAAAGAAAUAGAGAAGCACUUGAUAGAAAAACAACAAAAUAGAGUAAGCGUAUGUGGGAGGUUUAAACCAGCGGAUGUUGCCAUAAGGUUAAGGAAAAAAAUGAAUCGUCGAGUUGAAAUUCUUGAAAUUGAAGAAUUGGCCAACCAUUAUGAGGCAGAACGUCAAGCAUCAACCGUAAAUCAUUACAAAUAUUGAAGUGUUCGAUAUUUUAUGAUAUGUUGUAUUGUAUUAUACAGAUACAAAUACAAAUAUAUGUAUAUACUUGUAAAUAAUAAUUCAAAUUUUCAAGUAUUGGUGUACGGAGAUGGUGGUUACAAGCUACAU